AUGUCAUUUUUUGAUUCUUUACGUCAAAAAGCUCCAUUCUUAGACAAGCUGGCUGACAGUUUCGCUCCGACGUUAACCAGAGAUCAGAAAUUCAGGUUGAAGUACAAACUGCCAGCCAGUGAAAACAUUUUAGAAGACACAAAUGCUGAAGUUUCAUUUGCAACUUCCAAUGGAGAUGGUAAUAAACAUUCUGAUAUGGUGAGCAAUAAAGGAAGAAAAACUGCCUAUGUUUAUUCUGGGAGACUGUUUUUAACACCUCAUUUCCUAGUAUUUCGGGAUGCGUUCGAUCAUUCUUCGUGUAUACUAAUAUUGAACAUCUCUACCAUCAAGCGUGUGGAGAGAUCGCCAUCCGAAUCAUAUGAAUUUGCUCUUUUGGUGACUUUGUACACAGGAGCAAAGGUUCUGAUCCAGUUUAUCGGUAUACGUUAUAGAUCAGAGCAAUUUUGUAGCCAGUUGAAGUCAAAUUUGAAAGAGAAUAUCCCUAAUGCCAAGAAUCUACCUGCUUUUUUGGAGACUUCUUAUUCUGAAUUUUUAAUUGCAAAAAAUAUACUAGGUAAAAAAGAUAUAGCUGUACCCAGGGCAGGUCUUGGUCAACAUUUCAAAUAUCCUGGAAAUCAUACUAUGGCCAAGGAAAAGGCCAAGUUGAGGUUAUGGUUCGACUACUUCAAAGAAAAUGGAAGAAACUUGGCUGUUGUUCAAACCCAUAUGUUCAGAAAACUGGUUAGAAUUGGUAUCCCAAAUCGAAUGAGAGGUGAAAUUUGGGAGUUAUGCUCAGGUGCAAUGUAUAUGCGUUAUGCAAACGCAGGAGAAUACGAAAAGAUAUUGAACGAUAAUACCGGUAAAACGUCACAAGCUAUUGAUGAAAUCGAAAAAGAUUUAAAAAGAUCACUACCAGAAUAUUCAGCAUACCAGACUGAAGAAGGCAUUCAAAGGUUGAGAAAUGUCUUGACAGCCUACUCAUGGAAAAAUCCCGACGUUGGAUAUUGUCAGGCCAUGAAUAUAGUUGUUGCCGGAUUCUUAAUAUUCAUGUCUGAAGAACAGGCUUUUUGGUGUUUAUGUAACCUAUGUGACAUUUACGUUCCAGGUUAUUAUUCAAAGACAAUGUAUGGUACACUGUUAGACCAAAAAGUGUUCGAGUCCUUUGUGGAGGACCGAAUGCCAGUGCUUUGGGAAUAUAUUGUCCAGCAUGACAUUCAACUAUCCGUGGUAUCCUUACCUUGGUUCUUGUCGUUGUUUUUUACUUCAAUGCCUCUAGAAUAUGCUGUUAGAAUAAUGGACAUUUUUUUCAUGAACGGAUCUAUUACAUUAUUUCAAGUGGCAUUGGCGGUUCUGAAAAUAAAUGCUGAUGAUAUCUUACAAGCUGAUGAUGAUGGGAUGUUUAUUGCCAUCAUUAAACAUUAUUUCCAAACUCUGGGUCAAAGUGCACACCCAGAUUCAAGCGACAUAAAAUACAGGCAAAUCACGAGAUUUCAAGAAUUGUUGGUUACAGCUUUUAAAGAGUUUAGUGUCAUCACCGAAGAAAUGGCAAUGCAAGUAAGACACAAAUAUGAAAAGGGCAUAUUUCAAAACAUUGAGACUUUUAUGAAAAGAACGCAACUGCGUCACAUGCCCAGAACUUUUAAUCUUUCUAGUGAGAACUUGUCCAACAUUUAUGACAUGUUUUACCAAAGUAUAGAAACCUACAAGAUUAGUAUGGGAACUGGAUCAUCCAAUAUGGGCUUUGAAGUAUUCAUUCAGUUUUUGAGUAAGUUCUGUGAUUCGUGUAGACCAUGUGGAAAAGAUAGCGAUCCAGCUUUCCGUAAGCAAAAGAGGAAUUUCUUGCAAAGGUUGUUUGACAAUUGGGAUUCUGCUCAUAUUGGCGAGUUGACAUUAAACGAUGUGGUAACCGGCUUAGAUAAAUUAUUGACUGUUGACCUUUUACAGGCUAUAAACUAUUUUUUCUCUUUAUAUGACGCUGACGAUGAUGGUGAGCUGCACAGAGAAGAAGUUUUGCAAUUAUCAGAAGGACUAUUACUGUUGACAGAACCUUGGAAGAGCGGUAGAUACGUGGAUCUGCUGACAAAGAAGCACAUUGAAGAUGAUAUUGCCGAAAGUAUUAUCAAGGAAAGCGGAGAAGAGAUAAUUACCAUGAAUCAGAUCGAGCUACCAACAGGCGUUACCAUUGAUGAAGAAAAAUACAAAGCUGAGCAAGCAGAAAGAUACUUAAAGGCUGCAAGCAAUUUUUUACAAAGAUCUUUUGAAUAUGCCAAGGCAAUUGAUCUCGCGGAAGAAAUAAAUUUGAUCGAUCUGUCUGAUGAUGAAGAUGAAGACGAAGAAAAGCACACAGCGAAAUUGAAGCGAAUGGAGAGCAUAAAGGCAAAUGCUGCCUUAGAUCCCACUCACCCGAAAGUUAUAGACCUGCCCACUUUCAGGAUGAUCAUUCUGGCAGAUGAAACGUAUGAACUUUUCUUCUCCAAUACCUUACGAUCAUCCAUUCACGUCGACGAACGCAUCAAUAUCAAUAACAAAAACAAAGUUUUCAGAAGUAUGUUCGAUGGUAUAUUGGCAGACGGUAAAAGAGUUGCCGAACAAGUUCGUCGCCGUGUCGAUUCCGUAGCAACCAGAAAUAGCAUCACUUCUGCAGAAAGCACGCCAACUGCGGCAGCAGGUUCGGCAACUACCAAAGAAGAAAAGUACGAUGAUUUGGACGACUUCACAUCCGACCAUCAAUCUGAGCAUGAAGAACUCUUGCAAAAUUCUUGGUUUGAAAUUGACGAUGCCAACGAAAAUAAUGCUAACACUAUGCAGGAGAGGCCUUUUGAACCUUUAUCAAAAAACUCAACGGACAAGAAUUCCAAUCUUAUUGAAUUUGAAGCAUAG